AUGAAUCUGACCGGGCCUGACACUGGCCAGGGACUGCUGCCCAGCCCCAACGGAGUGUGUGUGAGAGCGUGUCCAAGGGCAUCCAACAUUACGGCACAAGCCGCCAGGAUGCAGUCGGGUGUCGUCAAUGCCACAGCCACGUGGUUUCGGGGCGUGAUGGGCGCCGCCAACAGGAAUGGCAGCGGAAACACCAACGGCCGCGGCAGUGGCGGCGGCGCCGGCGGCAGUGAAGAUGCAGGUGGCGGCGACGCUCUCCGCCAAGAAGAUCAAGACAUGGAGGAUGAGUACGGCACAUCUUUGCCGCUGGCUUCGGCACCCUCAGCAGAGGUGCUGGAAGAAGCGCAGGUUUGCGCCGCCUGCCCCACCGGAAAGGAGCCGGCUCGCCCGUCGGCGUCUUCGGAAGUGCGCCUCAGGGCCUUCAGCAGGCAGCAGCCCGACGAUAGUAAUGGGGCACCAGCGUCGGCGUCGACGUCGGCGUCGUCGCCGGCGGUGCAGCAGCAGCAGGCAGCAGCUCCGCACCCUCACACACCCUUCCUGCCCGCGAACACCCGCUUAGGGCGCUAA